AUCAUCAUCAUCAUCAGAAAACGGGGUAUCGGUGAAGUGAAGUGAAUCGAACCGAACCGAACUGAACUCUUCUGAUCCCAUCCCAUCCCAUCCCAUCUAUCCAUGCUAUACCAUUGGUAUAAGCGCGCGGCAAGGACAGGCCCUGGUCUGCUCUGGUCAUCAGCAAAACAACACGACGACGAGUCGACGACGACGACGACAACUCCCCCUCCCCCUCCAAAAAACCCUAAGGGCAAGGUCAGGUCCGGGUCUCAGGAGGAGGAGGAGAAGAUAUCUCUUGUUUUCCUCUUGUUGCAAGCCCAUGAGUCCAUGACCUUUCCCCGGGUUUCCCCUCUCCCUUUUUGGGGUACACACAUACAGGAGGUCCCUAGUCUGUUGAAAAAGGACCAGGAAGUAGGAACUCUUUUUUUUUGUGUGUGUGUUUUUUGAAAACUCAACUUGCUGGCUGCUGUACUUGAUUACUACCUGGAGUUUUUCUCCUACUCACCUUACCUUACCUUCUUAAUAUUCUUUUUUUCUUGUUGCUUUACGUACUGCUGCUUACUUCUCCUGAUACUCACUGCUGGCUACUAGUCACUGCUACUGUAUACCUAUC